UGAGCUAGGGUAGCAGGGCCGCUCCUGGCGGCGAGUUCCAAUUGGCUGAGCGCUAGCAAGAGGCGGGUCCUAAUUGGCUGGGUGGCUGCGAGCGGUGGGGUUAAGCCCGGCGCCCCGGCCCCCGGCCUACGCUAGAUCCCUGAACGCUGCAGCCGACCUGCUGCCACGGUCGGGCGCCAUGGAUCUCCGCACCUCUCGCGCGACCCUGCUCCGGAGUGGCCCCCUGUUCCUUCUGCUUCUGCUCAUGCUGUUGGUGGAGCCGGUGCUCCCAGCCAAACGUCACCCCCCGGUGGUGCUGGUGCCUGGUGACUUGGGUAACCAGCUGGAAGCAAAGCUGGACAAGCCAAAGGUUGUACACUACCUUUGCUCCAAGAGGACGGACAGCUACUUCACACUCUGGCUGAACCUUGAACUGCUUCUGCCUGUCAUCAUUGAUUGCUGGAUUGACAAUAUCAGGCUGGUUUACAACAGAACAUCUCGGGUUACUCAGUUUCCUGAUGGUGUGGACGUACGUGUCCCUGGCUUUGGGGAAACCUUCUCACUGGAGUUCUUGGACCCCAGCAAAAGUAAUAUGGGUUCCUAUUUCCACACUAUGGUGGAGAGCCUUGUGGGCUGGGGCUACACACGGGGUGAAGAUGUUCGAGGAGCCCCCUAUGACUGGCGCCGAGCCCCAAAUGAAAACGGGCCUUACUUCCUGGCCCUCCGAGAGAUGAUCGAAGAGAUGUACCAGCUGUAUGGGGGCCCUGUGGUGCUGGUUGCCCAUAGUAUGGGCAACAUGUACACGCUCUACUUUCUGCAGCGGCAACCACAAGCCUGGAAGGACAAGUAUAUCCAUGCCUUCGUGUCUCUGGGCGCGCCCUGGGGGGGUGUGGCGAAGACCCUACGUGUCCUAGCCUCAGGAGACAACAAUCGCAUCCCUGUUAUUGGGCCGCUGAAGAUCCGGGAGCAGCAGCGUUCUGCUGUCUCCACCAGCUGGCUACUGCCUUACAACCACACCUGGUCAUCUGAAAAGGUAUUUGUGCACACAUCCAGGACCAACUACACACUGCAGGACUAUCGCCAGUUCUUCCAGGACAUUGGCUUUGAAGAUGGCUGGCUCAUGCGGCAGGACACAGAAGGGCUGGUUGAAGCCAUGAUGCCACCUGGUGUGCAUCUACACUGUCUUUAUGGUACUGGUGUCCCCACACCAGAUUCCUUCUACUACGAGGGCUUCCCCGAUCGCGACCCAAAAAUCUGCUUUGGUGAUGGUGACGGCACUGUGAACUUGGAGAGCGUCCUGCAGUGCCAGGUCUGGCACAACCGCCAAGCACAUAAAAUAACAUUGCAAGAGCUGCCAGGCAAUGAACACAUUGCAAUGUUAGCCAACACCACUACCCUGGCCUAUCUGAAAAGUGUGCUUCUUGGACCCUGAUUCUUGUGCCAGACAGGGCUGCUGAAUAGCUGGACCAUGGAACUUCUCUUGGCCCCUGAGCCUGUCGUAGCCUAACAAGCUUAGCAAAGUUUGUGACCAUGAUUCAAGGUCCUAGGUCUUGGGCUGUGAGGCAGCUGCCUCAGAGGAAGUGCUAUUUCUUAUCUUUCCUAUGUGAUGGUGAAGGAGGAAGAAAUAAGUGUGAACUCGAGGGGCAUCUGAUGGGAAUGCUGCUGCUGCUGGAACUGCUGUGACUCAAACUGGCUUGUCGGGUAGACUGGUUGGCUCUGGGCCCCAGUCCCCAACUCAGGGGCCAUGCAGUCCUCCUACCCCUGUGAGCUUUCCACUCUCACCCACUGGGCCCUAACCUUCCUAUGAGGGAUGUUUCUGAGCUGAGGUCCCUGCCCCUGAAGGUUCUAGAGUGACUCUCAGAUGAUCUUCCCACAUAACGGCCGCAGGUAGGCCUGCCACACUGGUCAUGAAUGGCUGGAACUGCUGGCCUCCCUGGUUAGACAGCCUGAGUGUGGCUUCCUGGAGGCAGCCUGGUACCCCCUGCAGGUAGGGGCAGUUUGUUGGCUUCUCCAUUGUUCCCAGGCCCUGGGACAUUCACUCCACUCCUACCUCUAGCCUUUAGCAGCAUCCUGGUUCUAGACUGAGCAGCAGAGGUUCCCCUCCCCUCUCCCCACAAUUCUGGGGGCCAUGUCCUAGGAUCCCUGGUCCCUUGAUAUGAGUCCUGGUACUGAGGCUGGCUCUCUUGGCUCUAGGACUGUGGUUAAGGGGAACAGGCCCCAGUCAUGGCCUCAUAGCUAGGUACCUAUGAAGAAAAGGAGUUCCAGGGAGCAAUCAUGGCUACUCAGAGCUGUCCUGAACACCAUAUUGCACCCUGCUCUAAGGUGUCUCUCUCUCUUCUUUUUUUUUUU